GUGUCCCACGGUAGGCAGCCGUGAACCCGCUCAUACCGGAAACACCGAAGGCCUCCCACCGAGCCUGAGCUAGGAGUCAGUCAGGAAGACUGCGUGGAUACCUACAGACGAGUGGUCGCCGCAGUGUCCGGGAGGCGUCCCGGCAUGCACCGCUUUAUUGUGACUGGUAGCUCAGGGAGAUAGGAGUGAAGGCUGCUGGACAGAAGACGCAGGCGGCGGACAUGACCCUGUAAUCUCCUCAUCUGGGCUUACACCUUCCUCUCUCCUUUAAAGUGAUCAAGAUGGCCACUUCUAACCUGGAAAACCAACUGCAGAGUGCCCAAAAGAAUCUGUUGUUCCUCCAACAGGAGCAUGCCAAUACGCUGAAGGGACUACACGCUGAAAUCCGCCGGCUACAACAACACUGCACAGAUCUAACCUAUGAACUGACGCUAAAAACUUCUGAUCAAACAGGGGACAGUUUUUCAAGAACUGAUGAGCUCAGGAGGAAAUGUGAAGAACUUGAAGCUCAGCUAAAAGACAAGGAAACGGAGAACAACGAGUUAAUAAAGGAGCUUGAGCAGAAAAAUGCAAUGAUAAUGGUGCUGGAAAAUACGAUAAAGGAAAGAGAGAAGAAAUAUUUGGAAGAACUAAAAGUUAAAAGCCAUAAGCUCAACAUGUUGUCCAGUGAGCUGGAGCAGAGAGCUAACACUAUUGCAUAUCUUACAUCACAGCUACAUGCCACAAAGAAGAAGCUGCUCAGUUCAAGUGGGGCCCCUGAAGCUGCUCCUCCAGGGAGCCCAGUAAUGUCCACCUACAAGCCAUCUCCCCCAAAAGAAAAGUUGCCUGAGACUCCAAGAAGAAGGAUGAAGAAGAGCUUAUCCACCCCUCUUAAUGCUGACUUUGCAGAGGUCUAUAGGCUUGGGGCAGAUGGUCGUAAGAUAAUGUUGCGUGAACCUGUGGAUGCAAUGCCUGAUCCCACCCCAUUUUUAUUGGCAAGGCAGUCGGUGGACACACAGAUCAUCAAAGAGCGCCCGCUUGUUAUCCCUCCCAUACGCUCUGACUCUAGUAGUCCAGCCAAAGAGAAGAAGCAGAAGGCCCAUAUUGGGGUCGCCCACAGGAUCCCACAUGCAGCCUCUGUCCAGAGUCAGGUUGUACCCCAGCCCGAAGUUGAGACCCUAGCAGUGGACCAGGUCAAUGCAAGCAAAGUUGUUAGGAAGCAUUCAGGAACUGAUAGAACUAUUUAAUCAUAUUGAUCCAAAUCCACUGGUAAAGUCUAAUGUCGAUGACGCUUUUUAUGCACUGUUACCAUAUCCGGUUAAUACAAAAAGUAGAUUUGAUUUCCUUUUAUUUUUACAAUUACUUGAUCUCCCUGCAUGCCAAAUGUAGCAGACAUUUUAUUGAGAAGUAACACACAGUCCUGAACGUCUAAUGGCAAAUUACUGUCAAUAACUGUCAGCCUGUACAAUGCUUACCCUCCAACAAUAAUCGACUAUGCUGCCAGAAUCCCAGGCCUGCAGCACUACUUACACAGCAAUACUAGUAUGAAGGCAGCAAGCUGUACAAGGCUGUUCUCACCUACUGCUCUAUUCUGUACACUGUAUAACAAUGCACUGACUUGACUGGCGUAGCG